CUCCUGCUCGAGUCGGUUGAUUCCCGUGGUUUGCCCGAAAUUCGUACAUCUGAUAAACAGCCCCCAUUCAAGGGUGGCAUGAUUCUACAUGGAGACAAACUCGGAUUGGUGUUGGAGGCCUACAAACGUUUGCAAAUAUCCGUCUACGUGCGACCAUCAAAGACAAUGUCUGACCAAUUUAAGAACUGGACAGAACCCGUGUUUCUGCCUAUGGUGUGGUUUGAAGAGAAAGCUGUAGCGGGAGCCGACGCUCUUCAACUUCUUUACGAGAGCGUAUAUGUGAAACCUGAAAGGGGUCGAUUCCUCCUUCUCAUCAUUAUCGGGGUUGUAUUGGGACUUUUGGUGAUUUUCAUGAUUGCACUGGUUGCCAUUCUUCUUAGCAUCAGGCGUAUGGAGCACCGUGUUGGCAGUGGCAAGACAGUCCGUGGCAAUACUUCUUACGAUGCCAAGUAUACCAAGGUGGCCAUGGCUGAUGUAAAUGAAAGUACAAUUGGAAUUUAA